AUGAGGAGCAAAAUGGCUUCCAAGAAGCGAAAGUUAGAGGAGGACCGAUUGGAAAUUUUUCCCGAUCAAACUGAAAAGAGAGAAUCCAGAGAGAUGCUCAUUUAUAUCAUCCCUAAAAAGAUUCCAAAAGCAAGGCUCCAGGUGUUGAACAAUCUUGCGCAAAGGAAGGGAUUUCCAAUAACAGAGAAGUUCAGGUAAAAUUUGCAAAUAAGGUUAGUAUCUCAUAAGCUUACAAUGUUGAUCAGUCAAAACUUACACUAUUAACGGCUGUAUGAUAUCUUUCGAUAAGCCACUGCUUAAGCUACGCGAAAAGGGCUCGAAGUUUGGAGAUCGUGCUUCAACAAACAGGAUCGGUACCAGCUAGCUGCCCCGGGGAGCUGAGGGGCAGGAGGGGUAAGGGUAAGGGGCACAUAGGUAAUUGAUACAGGGAUCAUUAUAUGAGAAAAAAAAUUCAAUUGUAGAUGCUGGCCACUCUUAAAGUACGCAUAAUAUGAAUACCCUAUACUAGAUCAGACAGCACAUGAGCUGCAACAUUUCCCUGUGAUAGUUUGUUUACUAAACUAUUUGUAAGUUUUCAUGUGUAUGAUACUCCAUUCUAGGUAACAUGGUGAGUCCUAAAAACACAAAGCACAUCACCAUUUAAUUAUUUGGGAGAGUACUCUUACUUCCCUUGCUGGCCCCCUCCCCCUUCCACCCCCAGUGAGCAUGGAUCACAUGGGCAUAGAAAACUUCCCCUUUUAUUAUAUCCCUUUUUUGAUUAUUUCAUCACUGGAUAAGUGGCAUUUUUUAUUUCUUCGUAGCAACUUGGUGACUCAUGUUGUGACAAGUUAUGAUUCCAGGGAGAAGGCUUUCUCUGCAUUAGAAUGGUAUGAAAUGAAUUAACCUCCUUAGGAUAAAGUUUUAUGCAGUAUUGUUCAUGUUAAAAAUUGUGAAAUCACCAAUGGGCAACACAUACGACUGACAAGUAACCAAAUGAAUUACCCAUCAGGGUUCUCAUUAAGUUUUAGAGUAGACAGCUAUGAUGUAAAAGUAGGCGGCUUAGUAAUCGAGUGCUGUGCAAGUGCUGUAGGCAUGUUGAGGUUUUCACUAACCUCACUUUACCCUUUAUUGACCUUUAUUCCCCAAAAGUAGAUGGGUAGAAUUCAGUGUAACCUGUGUUUUAGCUGGUUGGCAGCACUAACCAAUGAGAACCUUGCCUAGACAAUGUUAUAAUACUUAGCCAACAAGAAAACAAACAGAUUAGUUUCUGGUUAUAAUAUGGUGGAAUGACAAACUUUAUGCUUGUAUAUUUUCAUCCCCAAUUUGCCCCACAUUCUUUUAUUGACAGUCCAAAUCAUUGAGAUUUUCAAGUCCUUGAUGAAUUUAUGUGUUGAGGGAGCAAGUGGUCAUUUGUUCCUGGUACUGUUUGAAAAAUAGAACUGUUGAAUGGUCUUGUCACUAUUUAUCGGCAGUAGAAUUAAGCAGGCUUAUCUAUUUUCACCAGGCAACCUGCAGAAAAUGUAGAAAUACUUACAGUCGAUUGUGAGUACUCUAUUUUGUACUGUUCUUAAUAUAAACUAUAACUAUUUUAUUUAAUAUUGUUUCAUCAUUGUUUAAGCCUGCAUUGGAGGCUUUUCAUUGGGUGCAUGAUUUUUUGUUCUCAAAAUCACCAUGUCAAAACUGCCGUAUUGAAUAUUCAAAAAAGCAGAGAUGUUGAGGCAAGUCAAGGAAAAGGGGAAGGGGUGGGAAGAGAGAAGUCUCCAUCCGUACCUGCAUCCCCUUCUUUCACCCUACCAACUACCCCAAGGGAUGAUAUUUCUACUCUCUCUAAUCUUCCUCAGUCAUAAAAUCAAAGAUGGCGGCCAGUGCAUUACGAACAUAAACAAGUAACUUUCACUCACCCAAAAAUAUGCCUGCAAUGCAGGAUAUCAUUGUUUCUCUAGUUGUGUGUGUGAUAUAAUGUAGUAUAUAAUGUAUUAUGUAGUAAAUAUUACUUAACAUGGAUAAAUAGAGGCAGUGUAUGAAAGGUUAUGGGUAAACCUUAAAGUUGAACCUCGCUUGAAACUUUGACGUUCACUCAUGACCUUUCAUACAUUGCCUCUGUUUCAGUAACACACAUAAAAGUUUGCGAAGCAGCAAAAAUCCACCUUUACAAAUACUGGGGGGAAAUCCAAGGGGGCGGGUUCCUAGGAUGCCCUUGCACCACCCUUCUUACUUCAGAUACCCAUUCUUCAACACAGAUGUAAAACUACUUUCAGGUGCCAACUGCCUAGUUUCCCCCUCACCUUUUUCCAUCGAGGUCAUAAAAUCCUUUUUAUGCCCUUCUGAAAAGGCUUAACUCAAUGGUAUUUAUUAUUGCUUUUUGUGCAAUUCACCAGGGCUGACUGACUGCACAACAGCAGGAAAAAUAGUGGAUGUUACCGAUAAAGUUAGAGUACAGGGAUCUACCACAGCUACAUCAAAAGAAGAAACUUUAAGGUAAAGGAUGAAGGGAAAGAUAAAUUAUACAAGUUUGAAACCUUUAAAAAGUCAUUGAUCUUUAACAUUAUUGUUUCACUUUGUUUUUAUAACUUACAAUAAUAUUAAAGAGCAGAUUUGGAAAACAAGGAUGCAAGCAAAGAUGGUGAAUCUUGUGCGUAUCAGGUGAGGAAUUUGUAAGUAAAAAUGUAUUUAUUGUCGUUAAAUUCAUUGACAAAGUACAAUUAGUUAACUAACAGUGGUUGUUUUAUAAUUUAAUUUUUGUAUUUUUUUGCAUUUGAAUCUCAGUUGUAUACACAGUUAUGCAUAAUGUGCAGAUAUGUAUAUUAAGAGUAAUUAAAAUCAAGUGAUUGCCGUUAACAAUGAUUACAAUUUUUUCUAGUUAUUUAAAUGUGGAUCCCUUUUUGUAAACUUUUUGCUUUUUAGGACACAAAGUUUGUGUGCCAAAGAGGAACACCACUAAAUCACCACAAUACCAAGUUCACUGUAAGUUAUAUAAUUUAAGAGAUCAAUAAUUAUGAUAAAGUAAUAUGUAAUGGUAAUAGGACUGAGUGGAGUCCAAUUCGGUCUGUAAUCAUACGAGUGAUUAACAAAAUCGGACGACCGCGUAGCGGAAGUCCGAUUUGUUUAAUCACGAGUAUGAUUACAGACCGAAUUGGACGACACGAAGUUCUGUUAUCAAUUAAUCAUAACUUUAACAAAAUUUGUGAUAUAUUAGGCUCUUUUUUUAAUCAAAACGCAAGAGAUGUUUUUGCUAACAGUGAAAAAAAAAAAAACAUUUAAGCGCGCGUGUGAUGGCGCGUACUGUCCAAUUACUUAGGCAUGAUACCUACUGUCCUAUUUAACUGUCCUAUUAAGGCUGAAAUCAGGGCAGUUGAUAGCCAAUCAGAUUUAAGAAUUUUGUUAUAGUUAUGAUUAAAGAUAUAAUAUUAUAUGAUAGAAUAAAAUUUCCAAUUGAAUAAUCUGGCUUAACCAAAGUUUUUAAUUUUCUUGUCAAGGAUGCACUUGAAAUUCUGGAACACCAUGCCGUGUAUGUUGACAGUGGACAGAGAGAUUCUAGAGCACUUGCCUUCAGAAGAGCGGCUUGUGCACUCAAGUCUUAUCCAAAGUAUGUUACUCAAUUAUUUACAAAUAGUAUAGAUCCUUUUAUUCAAGUAAUUCAGCUGUUUCUAAAGCAAAAAGGGAGCUAUAAGUUGUUGGGUGGAAGCGUGCCAACUAAAUGUUACAGAUAUAAUGCCAUCUGCAAAAUAACAGCAGUUUUUUUGAAGUUAUUAAUAUUUAGGGUCAAUCCUUAUGGUGCAUUCAAACCAGAAUUAGAUGUCUUUGAGGCUUUUGGUAUGCCUUGUGUCAAGCCAUCCUAUUUCUUUGCAUCCAGUUGUAAUCCAUUUAUCUUAUCCGAUUCAGUCCAUGUGGUGCUGAAGGUCUAUUUAUAUCCCCAGGUUAGGGUGCAGAGAAGUGACAACAGGCUUGCAGAAAAAGAAAAACGAAAAAAAUUUUUUGGCAACAAAGAAAAUAGUAAAUUGAACUUUCAAGGUAUAUAUAAUUUUGGGAGAGUCAGUUUUAUUGUCAGCUCUGUUUCAGGCAGAUCAGUAGAAUUGAAGAAGCAGCAAACCUGAGCAGUGUAGGAAAUCAUAGUAAAAAAGUCAUUCAGGCAAGUGGGUUAGUGUGCUUAAAUCAUAUAUAUAUGGCUGUACAAAUGAUUAAUUUUCCUGAACUUAGUCUUUCUCUGGUUUUCCCUUUUUCUUUCUCAGAAUUAAUGGAAUCAGGCUUGUAAUAUUGUCAAACAUUUUAUUUUGCUCUUAUCAAAACAGGAUAUUCUAGAAAAUGGGUCAUCUUUAGAAGUUCAAGACAUCCUAUCCAGUGACUUCUUUAAGUCGAUGGAGGUUUGUUUUCAGAUAUUUCCAUUAAUCCUGGGCAGAGCUUGCCUUAAUUAAUUGUGGAUAAAUAGGCCAGACAGUCAUUUUUCCAGCUAGACAGUUGGGAUUCAUUCAGAUACUAAGGUCAUGCCAUAAAUUAGUUGGUGACUAAAUCAUCCACACAGUUUGUUAUCAUCAAAAUCUUGCCAGUAGGAUCAUAAAGUUUCAACAUCUUCCUAGCAACAACAUCAGAUUGCAAUGUCAGCAUCUUGUCAGCAAGAUCUUGAAGUUUCAACAUCUUGCCAUUUAAGUUUAUCAUCUUGUUAUUAAAUGAACCUAUGUUAUAAUUUCUGAACACUAGUUGUUUAUUAAGUGGGCCUGUGCUGCAUCAAUAAUUCACUUGACCAAAUUAAGGCAGUAAAUUUUUGAGUGGCAAAAUCAUUAUAUCAUUGAACAAAGAGCUUAUAUUAAUUAGCGGAUUCUGAAAAAUAUUCUGCUUUUAGAUAUUCUCAUCUAUAUAUGGAUGUGGACCUGCUACAGCUCGAAAGUGGUACGAGAAAGGUCAUCGAAACAUGUUUGACAUCAUUGAAGCUGUGAAAAAUGGAAUGAAACUCACAGAACAGCAGACAAUGGGUAAAGUAUUUUUAGUAAUGCAGGAUUGUGUUGAUUUUGUCGAGUUUGUUGCUGCAGUGUUUUGUUACUCUUAUCCCAGCUAAUGUGGUGUCAACGGUGGCAACAUGCUUUUGCUUUCACUUUUGAUGCUUGAUUAAAGUACAGAUUAAUGUUAUUUUAUAGGUUUAAAGUAUUAUGAUGAUUUAAUUCAACCUGUUCCAAGAGAAGAAGCCAUUUGUAUUAAAAACAUUGUGGCAAGAGAGGUCAGUUAAACAUCAUCUUCAACAUAUGAUUUCAUGACACCAUAUUUGGGAUAGAGAAUGGUCCCUCCAAAAAUGUGGGUCAAGGAAUAUUAGCCCGAUCUUGAAACCUCAGAGGCGUUUGUUGAUAGGUGCAAAGUCUCAUUCUUGGGUGAUUUUGCAUCUCAGAGUCUUGGUCAUUAAUUUUGAAACUGGGGUCUGGCAAAACUCAAAUUUACUGUUCUAGAUCCCUAUAUUUGACUGUCACUAUGUUAUCACAACAUCACCUGCAUGAUGGAAAGUAAUACUUUUUUAUAAGACUAUUUAAAAGGCUCAUUAUUAUUAAUUUUUCAUUUCAUAGUUAAACAGUAUCCAGCCAAACUGCACAGUGGAACUAGUUGGAGGGUACCGCAGGUGACCAUACAAAAUGUACAUGUUUCUUUCACUCAGUUCUUUCAUAAAAAGUGUAUAAUUUGACUUAUACAGCAAAUAGUCAACAAAUAGAUUAGUUUUGAACUUUUUGACCUCAUUUCUAAGACCUGUAAGAGUUUAGACAAUGGAAAAUUGUCUUUUUAUUGUAACUAUUAUAACAUUAAAAGCUUUGGACAUCCAUAUUUCUGCCAAAGUUAAUUCUUCAAAAAUCACAUGCAAAAGACAAGAAAAAAUUGUGCCAUUUUUUGUAACACUAUUUCCAUGGACAAUUAGACAAUGACUCUCAACCAGUGAGUAUGUGAAAUGUUGCCCAGUUGUUUUAAAAUAAAUCGUCUUUAAGCUCAGCAAUAGUUUGUUUCUGUCCCAAUCUUUUCUAGAGGUAAACCAUCAGGACACGAUGUGGACAUUUUGAUUACCCAUAAAGAUGUCCACCGAGUUGAAGGAUUGCUAGUAAAGCUUGUUGAAAGGCUUGAUAAGCUGGUAAGGAGAUAAAGAAACAAUAAAUCAAAGCCAAAUUAGAGGGAUUCAAAGGUUUUUUACAGCUAAAACACUUUUUGAGCAUUUGUUUGUUAACAAAAUAAAUGGUUUUUUUUCCUUUUUAGGGUCACAUGGUUCACAAGGACUUAAUGGCUGGUCGGAAUUCAGCUCUUGGUGGAAGCCAAAAGUAUGUUGCAACAAAUAAAGACUUCAAUUUGAAAGCCUUGACAAGAUAUCCUCCCACCUAAUGGGAUAGUGACAUCAACAUGACAUAACUACAUUAUCAAGCAAAUUAGAAAUGGAUUUCAAUAUUGUUUGGUAAUGUAACCAUUGUGCUUCAACAGUUACUAACUGUAUUACUAACAACUUAAUUACUAACAACUUUUUGGUGCUCUACUGGUCAGCAUAUUUGUUUUUCCUUACUUUGUUUUGAGGAUUGUAAAAGAGAGAUAUUAAAAAGUGACCAAUGUUAAAAAAACCCAGAGACCCAUGUACAUCGAGACAAAACAAUAUAAACUCUGUAAGGGGAAGUUGGGGGCGGGGGCGGUGGGGUUCUUAAUGGCCAAAAAUUUAUUAAAGAAAAGUAUCAUCAAGGCCUUAUUGAUAGCAGUGCUAAAUGCGUCCGAAUGGGCUACGUAACCCUGAUACGAAUAAAUAUUAAGGUCUCUCUCUCUUAUGAAGCAUAACUUAGUUUAUUUUUCUGUCAGUAAGUUAAAUUAUCCAUUUUAUUUGGGAAAAGUAAUAAUUUUAACUUUUUUCUGCAUUGCUAUCCCCUCCAGACUAAUCUACGUAAAAUGCUGAAACAAAAUGUGUGCAAUGUAUAAAUAUAUAAUAUACAAACUUAUUGUUGUCCCCUGAAUGGCCAGGAGUGUUUAAAAGGAAGAAAAUCACAUUAAUGGGCUUGGUCAGUGAUAUUUUCUAUCUUUUCUUUUUACACACGGUGGGCCACAUGGAUAAUCUUGACCACUGCUUCUGUAUGUUUCAACUGACAACAACGGCAUUGGCAUCAUCAGAGAGUGAUUCACCAACAGGUUCAACAAGAAAUGGAGGGUCGCACACUGAUGAGUUCCAAGAGGGAAGGGGUGGAAGAGCAGUUAGAAGAGUUGACCUGAUUGUGACUCCACCCAGUCAAUUCCCAUUUUCUUUGCUAGGAUGGACAGGUUCUAAGGUGUGUACACCAGCUUCUGUCAAUAAUAAACUGUUAUGCCACCCUUAAAGUGGUCUCUCCUUUCAAAAACUUGAGGCACCAAAUUGACUUAUUGUCUGAUCAAUUUUUGCGUUAACAUCUGUGGUUAUUUUUCAACAAUUUUUAGGACUUGUAUUAGUGAUGUAAUUUAUGAUGGAUGAUGUUACUGUCAAUAAUUAUGCACCAGUUUUUCUUGUCUAGCAAUUUAACCGCUCAAUAAGGGACUAUGCCUGGAAAAUAUUGAAAAUCAAGUUAUCGAACCAUGGAAUGUGGGAUCAUAACCAAGUGGUAAGUUCUUGUAUUCUUAAGAACAGGGGAUCAUAGAUGUCACUAUGCUGCACUACCAAUAAUCAUAUUCUUUUGACUAUACAUGUACAAGUCCAUAGAGAAGAGUCAGAUGCUUCCUUUUUUAGGCUUCAAAGUACUUUGAACAAUUCCUGCCAACAAGUGGGGAAAAUAUAGGAUGAAAACAACUGAAGCAGAUCUUACUCCCUAAUAAAUUUUAUUUAGUUGUUUUAAUUACGUGAAUAAUUUAACUGACUCACUCUGACAAAGGGCUAGUGCUGUAAAUUUCAGCCUCUGAAUUUUCUCACAGUGGCCAAUGUAUUUUAUCAACCAAACUUGUUUUUUACUUUCCCACAAUAGCAUGUAGAACAGGUGUUUUUGGGAGGGGUUUUUCAGGUGAGCAAAUGUAAGCGUGAAGCAGGUGUGGAGCAUGAAACAAUAGCCUUCCCCCAUUUCAGGUCUGGUGCUUCACGCAUGCUUUAUGUUGGCCUUGAUCAUUUGCCCCUGCAUGGCAGGUGCCAGUUAGUUUUACAGUUUGUUGUAUGCGUGCAUCCUCAAAAUUUCUCCCUUAGCUCUGAAAAUUCUGGCAACCAUGUUUAUGCGAAAAAACAUGAAAAAUUGUAGGCUAGCCCACCAAGGCAGCCCUACAGUUUCCUUAGAAGCAAACGCCCUUACGUAUAAUAUGGCUUCUCUUCUUUGCAGCCUCCAUGCCUCCUUGAAGCAAAGUCAGAAGAAGAGAUAUUUGCCAUGCUGAAACUUGAAUACAGACAACCAGAGGACAGGAAUGCAUAAAGUUAUGAUUCAUUUAUUUCACCAAUCAAUCAAUUAUCAAUCUUAUUUCGUCACAUCUUUGUAAUUAUACAGCAAUGUUUUUCUGUCAUUGCAUUACACAAACACCAUACAUUUUACUCACACUUGUAUGGUUGAAAGGCACAAACUAUGACAGUAUCUCACUUAAACUUCAGAGUCACUUUCUCUAUUCUUUAAUAUACGUAAAACGAACUGCGACCUCCGAAUAAAUUUCUUUGCCGGAAGUUUUGCUCAAUAUUAUUUUUCAGAUCGUAAAUAAAACUGAAAAAUUACAAAAUUUACCACCUGCGAAAUUUUCCUACAAAUGGAGAACUACUUGUAUUGAGGAAGAAUGGCGCUAACAAAAAUAAC